GUACAACUCCUCAGAAGUAGUGUACAGGGUGUGUGCAGUCCCAGAGUCCAGGAACCGUGCAGUCCCAAAGUCUAGGAACCGUACAGUUCCAGGUGGACCAGACAUGACAGCGAGGCAGGGACACCCCCUGUACCAGAGCCAGACCUCCAGCUCACAGCACCUCAGGGAGCGUCAGAGGUUUUUCGAAGAUGUCCUCCAGCAUGAAGUGGACCUAUUUUGCCCGCACAUUCACCUGCGGAGCGAUCGCUGGAGACCUCCUCUGGACAGUGUGUCAUCAAUGGAGGUGAAUAUUGAUUCUCUGGAGUUGUCAGAACCUCUGGACAUUACUGAGUUGGAACCCAGCGAUGCUUUUCAACAGUAUGAGGAUCCGCUAAGCCCUCUGGUCACUCCUGCUGACCUCCAAGGAAUUGACUACUUCAGGCUUCGCUUCCCCUUCUCUGCUACUCCCGGCCAGCAGCAUCCAGCACAUGAUGGUGACGCUACAGCCAUGCAGGAGGAAGCUGCAGAUGUCCAACCCAAAGAACACAGCUCUACUGCAGAUUCUGCAAACAAUGGUCUCAACAAGACCCCCUUGUCUGACACACAAUGACCCACCAGUUUCCUCUGAAUAGACUAUGGUACUAGCCAGUGUCCUGUGGGAUUCCAUUCACUGGUCCAUUUACUAAGCAAACUCUGGCUCUAUGCUCUCAUGUGAACACACUAAGCUGUCAGCGUUAUCAGGUCUGUAAUCUGGUAAUACAGUAUACAUUGCAUUAUUGCCAGUUGAAUGGAGUCGGCCACACAUAACUGGGCAUUCAGCUGUUGCAGUGAGCUGCAUAAAAUGCUUUUUGUGUAUGGGAAGAAAUGAUAAUGCAUUCCACUAUUUUUACAAAGCACAUGUGUGGGUUCUAGCUUUGUUGAUGAGUAAGGUCAGCCUGCCCUUUUCAGAGGCCGCUAUACUAUUUAUAAUCAUUUUCUAGGAAGGACAUGUUGUUUGGAACAAAAGCGUAACUUCCUUCUAUUUCCGUCUGCACCGCUUGAAAUCAGACGAGGGGGUAAUAUGAUCAUAAUCCCGCUGCGAUUACAUCAGGGAUAACAUUGUAUUUGUGGCUCCCUCUAGUGGAUUUGCUGAUG